AUGCAAAGUAUGAUUAAAAAUCUACCUAAUGGUGACACCAAUGUCUGGGAAGUAUUUGAUGCACCUUCUUUAAGCUCAGCCGAUCAUAUUAAAUUUUUCAACGAAAUGCUUUCCGACAUUGACACGCCAACAUUGCCGUUUGAUCUGAGCAACGUUCAUGGUGAUUGUAUUGAAUUCGACGAAAAGGUGUUGAAGUUGUCCCAUGAUCUGAAUAAUCAGUUACGGGUGCAUGCAAGGAAUUUAAAUGUGACUUUGUCCAGUCUUUGCCACUUGGCAUGGGGACAAGUACUUGCUCAUGCUAGUGGAUGUGAGGCAGUGGUCUUCGGAACUGUGCUCUUCGAUCGUUCACAGGGGGGAGAAGAGAACGACAGUGCCAUGGGGUUGGUGAUUAACACGCUACCUCUGCGACUGGAUAUUGAUGAAACCACAAUCGAAGAUGCUGUACGCCGUACCCAUGCUCAGUUGAGUGCAUUACUUGCACAUGAACAUGCUCCGCUGGAAUUGGCACAACGUUGUAGUGGGGUUCCAGCUACUUUACAGCUGUUUAGUGCGCUACUGAAUUUCCGCCAUAAAGACCAGAAUGGGAAAGUCGAAUUGUUGUUCCCUGGAAAGAGUACUCUAAGUAGUGCAGAGCGAACAAAUUACCCAUUAACCAUGACUGUAGACGAUGACAACACUGCAAUUAGUCUGACAGUUCAAGUUAUGUCAUCACUAUCAGCAGCACGGAUCUGUGCUUAUAUGCAACAGGCCCUUGUCUCGCUUGCCGAUGCAUUAACGCAUACACCGAAACAAUCAGUGCGAAAAUUGACAGUGUUACCAGCAGAAGAGCGUGAGAUGCUGUUGCAUACCUGGAACAAGACGGAAGUCGCCUUCCCACGGGUUCGCUGUCUUCAUCAGCUGUUUGAAGCGCAGGUAGAGCGCGACGGACAGGCAAUUGCUGUGGAAUGUGAAGGAAAAACAUUAAGCUAUGCUGAACUCAACGCACAAGCGAACCAGCUUGCACAUUACCUCAUUGCAAAAGGAGUUAAACCAGAUGAUCGCAUCGCACUUUGCGUUAAGCGCAGCACAAAAAUGCUAAUAGCCAUUUUAGGGAUUCUCAAAGCUGGUGGCGCCUAUGUACCGCUCGAUCCAGUCUAUUCCAGUCAACGACUGAUAAAUAUUCUAGAUGACGCCGAUCCAGUGUAUUUAUUGGCUGAUGCCACUGGACAAAAAGCACUCGGCUAUCAUAGAGUAUCCAUUGUUGACUUAGAUAUAGUAUUGCCUGAUGGUCUUUCGACGGAUAAUCCUGAUCCGACCAAACUGGGACUCACUCCGACACAUUUGGCCUACGUAAUUUACACCUCAGGUUCUACUGGAAAACCAAAGGGAGUGAUGGUUGAACAUCUGACUGUACACAAUCUGGCCCAUAACGUGAAGUCGCUGUUCGGUAUCACUUCAACCAGCCGCAUUCUGCAAUUCGCUUCGUGCUGUUUUGAUACCAGCCUUCAUGAGAUUAUAAUGGCUAUAAUGAGUGGGGCCUGUCUUUGCAUACCUUGCGAAGAAGUUCGCCAAACCAAUUUGAUGAGUUAUAUUAUCGCUAAAAAUAUCACACAUGCGGAUCUUCCACCAGCCCUACUCCAGAACUUACAAAACCCUUCGGUCUUGAAGAGUUUACAUACAUUGAUUUUAGGUGGCGAAGCACCUGCAUUAUCUGUGCUACAAACUACGUUUUCUUACACAAAGGUUUUCAAUUCUUAUGGACAAACCGAAACUACUAUCACUGCAACUAAUUGGUUAUGCCCGGUUGACUUCAAAAGCCAUCCGAUACCAAUCGGUCGUCCAAUGUCCAAUAUACGGAUUUACCUUUUAGAUCUCCAAGGCAAACCGGUUCCAUUGGGAGCCGAAGGAGAGUUGUAUAUUGGUGGCGCUGGUGUAGCGCGAGUCUACCUCAACCGACCUGAACUUACCGCAGAACGUUUUCUCCCUGAUCCAUUCAGUGAAAAUCCAGAAGCACGUAUGUACCGCUCCGGUGAUCGGGCCCGUUAUCUUCCUGAUGGCAAUUUGGUCUAUUUGGGACGCACCGACCAACAAGUAAAAAUUCGUGGUUUUCGAAUUGAGCCUGGUGAAAUUGAAGGCCGCCUCAUUGAACAUCCUUUGGUGCAAGACGCCGUUGUUUUGUCAUGGAAAAAUAAGCCAGAUACUGAUGCGCGUCUAGUUGCAUAUGUAGUCGCAGAACAAGAUAUAUCGCUCGCUCUGAAUUUACGCACAUAUUUGGUGGAUUUACUGCCUGAAUAUAUGGUGCCGGCGGCUUAUGUUUGUCUUCCGUCUUUGCCACUCACACCAAACGGCAAAUUGGAUCGACGUGCACUGCCAGCUCCAGACGAUGAAUCAUUUGCCCGUCAGUCGUAUGAACCUCCAAAAGGUGAAAUGGAAGUGAAACUAGCCACACUCUGGAGUGAAAUUCUGGGCAUUGAAUGCAUCAGUCGGCAUGACAACUUCUUCGCAUUGGGUGGACAUUCUCUACUGAUCGUGAGAAUGUUGUCGCAAUUACGACAAGCCGGGCUAGACACCAAUGUCCGCGAAGUAUUCGAUGCACCCUCUUUGGCCGCACUUGCCAAAACUCUCGGCCAUCACAAGGCAUUAAUCAUUCCACCUAAUCUGAUUACCGCAGAUAGCACGAAAAUUACUCCAGAAAUGCUGCCGCUUAUCACUCUUCCGCAGACAGAGAUUGAUGCAUUAAUUGCACAGGUGCCGGGUGGCGUGGCCAAUGUUCAAGAUAUUUACGGAUUAGCGCCAUUACAACAAGGCAUUUUGUUCCAUCAUAUGAUGGCUGAACAUGGUGACCCAUACUUGCUCAUUACACGUUUACAAUUUGAGGACCGAACCUCACUCGAACGUUAUUCCACUGCAUUGCAACAAGUGAUUGAACGACAUGAUAUUCUGCGUACCGCUUUCAUGUGGGAAGGACUCAAUGAACCGGCACAAGUUGUCUUACGUCACGUUCCAUCGCUACUCACUGAAGUCACACUGAAUGAUACCGAUGAGCCGAUACUAGAACAAUUGAGCAAACGCUUCAACCCACGUCACUACCGUUUAGACUUAAAACAGGCACCGCUGCUACGUCUAAUAGCCGCCUCAACUUCAGAAGGUGAAUGGGUGGCACUGGAACUGAUGCACCACUUGACUGGAGACCACGAAUCUCUAGAAAGACUGUAUACAGAAGUUGAAAUGAUAUUUAUGGGACAAAAAGAGCGAUUAGCAACCCCCAUACCAUUCCGCAAUGUAGUGGCUCAAGCUCGUCUAGGUGUAAGCUCAGUCGAGCAUACAAAAUUUUUCAAUGAAAUGCUUUCCGACAUUGACACGUCAACAUUGCCGUUUGGUCUGAGGGACGUUCAUGGUAAUGGCACCAAGGGGGGUUGA